AUCAAAAUCAAAAUGGCCAAGAUGAGGCUUCUCAAUUAGUUGAUACUAGUCUACUUCUUGAUUUUUGACAUUAUCUAUGACAAACUUGAAGUCGAAGUUCAGAGGAAAAAUAGUAUGGCCUUCAUUGUCCUUAUCCCACUUCAAUUUGACUUCGAGAUGGAAGUCGGCCAUCUUGCUUUCACUGUUUUCCUCUACCCUUACUUCUUGAGCUCCAUAGGUAAUGCUUGUUACAUCCACUUCGAGAUGUUGACUCUUUAUCUCUUUUCAAUAAUCAGUGAAGGUCAGGAUCACGAUCGUCAAGUUAGCCACAUCAUUCUCGGCCUCAUCUUUCUACUUGCUGAGCUUCUCCUUCACCAACUUGUUCCUAUUCUUGAGGGACUCCAAGUAAUUGUUUGCCAAAGUGUUGGCAAGGAAGGUGAUGUCAAUGAAACGCCUCGUAGCUAUCUUACUAGUGGAGUUGAAAAAGCUAUAGCCCUCAAGGUGAACAACCCAUGUUGGGAAGCUUUUCCCCUUCCCAUGUAUGAUGACUCCUACAUCCUUGAAGGCAAGAUCAAUGUUUAUGAGUGGGGGACGAGGCACGAACUCCAGCAUUUCCUUUUUCUAUUGUUGUUGCCUCUCCACCCUUCACCCCUUCUGCUUUGCCAGCUCAUCUUUAGCCCUUUUCUUGGCGAGCUCAAUUGCUGUCUUACCAGCUUGAAUAGUUAGAGCUCGGACUAAAGUUACGGUAGUGUAAGAAUUUAUAAGGCAUCCAUGCACUCGUUCAUUCAUUCAUGAUCCAUAUAUCCAUUGGAUGAUUAUCCGUCUUUGAUAGAGUUCAAGUUUUGUUGUACUCAUCUUUAAAUCUAUGCCAUUCUUUGUCAACUCGUCUUGUGAUGGGUUCGUAGUGUAACCCCACAAUUGUUCUUUUGUGGCUUUGGCAGGAUUUAUUUUUAUUCCUUGUGCUUCCCAUGUCACCCCAACCUCUAGUAGCUUGUUUCAUGGUAAAUCCAGAUAAGUAGUAAUGUUCUGCUUUUAGGAUUAGUUGUGGUUUGAUAUCAAAGUGGCGUAGCAGAAGCGUAGUUAGACAUGUUCUGUUCAUAAAGAGUUAGUGAGGCA